AUUUCGUCGGACGGAUGAUCCGUCAGUAAGUGGUACCCCUCCUGGCGAGGCCAAGCAACUGAAUCCACAAGAACCCUUCCGGAUACUUCCGCGACCCUACCAGUGAGUGUCCGACUCGAACGAACCCAACUUGACCUGCCUUCACCAAAGGCCUAUGCAAUGCAGGGUUUGGACCUCCAAACUCAGCCACCGACCUCCGUAGGUGAUGACUAAGAGCCGGUCAAGCCAUAUGAAUUAAUUUAAACAAUAAAAAUACGUAUACUUAGUUUACAUUUGAAAACCUUUUUCUUAACUGUUUCGUGAAUUGAAUAGAAAUGUACUGUCGCCUUCGAUGUAAAUUAAGAUCAAGGCGAUUGACAAGACAGUGCGCCUUGUCUCAAACAGGUGAUGAAUUUUUAAGCAAUUGCAUGUGUAGAUUCCACUUAAAACAAUAAACUGACAAACAAAAAUAAAUAUCUAUUCAUAAAUAUUGAUAAUGCCAUCGUUAUAAGAUAUAAAAUAAAUACACAUAACUACAGACAUUAAUAAUGCUAAUGUAACUUUUAUAACUCUGACUGUCUGUCUCGUAUUUGUGCGUAAACUAUCGAACCAAUUUUGAUAAAGCAAAGAGGAAAACGGGCUACUUUUUGUCCCCAAAGCAAACACUAUUUAUUUUCUGUAUUUUAAUACAGUAAAAAGUUUGUAUGGAUGGGUGGGAAUGGGAAUCUUUAUCUACGCAGCCAAAAUAGCCUAGUAAAUUACUUGCUUCACUCUGUCUAUCAACUAUGACAAGUCAAAACACGAAAUGUUUACGAUUUUAAAACAAUUGCUGUUGUUUAUCAAUAUAUUACAAUAAUCCUAAGCGUAUAGUUUAGAUUCUAAUACAACGCCCUCAGAAUCAUAUUGGCAGUACACAAUGAAGAUCGUGCUACUAGUUCUACAAUUAACCUUGUAUUGUAGUAACACCUUACCCGAAAUUUGCCACGCUUGUUUCAACGGGAUGUGCUUUUUCAAACGGAAGAUUUUCGAAGGCAAACAAUUCUCGGGGCAAAUUGCUGUGGACAGAAUGGACAAUCUUCUGCAUCUUCAUUACAAAGAUUAUAGAUCCAAUGAUUACACAGCCGUUUUGGACCUAUAUUCAGAUUGUCCUAAACCUUUCAUUCUGCCUGUGGACUAUUCCUCCGCGAGAGCAGUCAAUGAUGAAACAGGUGAUGUCUACUUCUCUGGAGCACGCGGUAUGUACGUUUACAACUCGAUUACGAAGGAGACAAAAAAGUUGGGCUUAUUCAACACAACGAUUUGCCACAUGCAAUUCAAAGGGAAGCUUUUUUACACAGAAUGCCGAACUGAAGGUAUCUAUUACAAAAACAAUAACAGAACUGGAUCUAUCCGUGCUCUAUCCGAUUACGUUAUCGACGAUUUCGUGGUGGACAAGUUUGAUGAUAUUUACUUCAUAAGUGAUUACAUAUUGCACAGGUAUAAAAAGGACGAUGAUAAUGCUAGGGUUUUCAGCAAUAUGUUGUAUUCUUUAACUACGGAUAAGUUUAAUAAUGUAUAUUUGAUAGAAACGACUAGUAGGACCUUGUUCAAAAUCGAUUAUAUCAGGGACAGAAUAAAGGAAGUGGGUAUAUUCAGGAGUGGAAGCGUUUUCAGAGCUGUAUUCGACAGAUCUAAUAAUUUGAUAUAUUGUGACGUGAAGGAUGAUAGGGUUUACCACUUGUUUCCGAGUUACACCAAUUGUACGAUCGUGAGAAGGAAGAAGACAAGAGAUCUGAUUGAUAUUAACGAAAUGACUUUGUGAUAGAUGUACUAUAUAAUGAGUAUUGAGUAUGUAAAUAAACUGUUGAAAAAAAAGCUAAAAUUAUAUUUUUUUAUCGCUUUUCCCAAAUUCUUCUAAGAGCCUAAAUAGCCUGUUCAUUUUGAUACUAUUUCUG